AUGUCUGCGCUGGCUAAAAAGCCCUCUGAAGAAACUUUGAAAGCUGGUCGGGAUGCGCCAACGCUUGGGUAUGGACCAACACCAUGGUAUCUACGAGUCCCAUUCGCGUCGCGCAAAGCGCCACCACCCAAUAAACUCGGACUCGAUGGAGAGCCUCCGAUGAUACCAGAAGCUUCUGCCAACUUCUUCAGCCUGCUCACUUUUCAAUGGAUGACCCCUCUCAUGUCCCUCGGCUAUGCUCGGCCACUUGAGGAAAGCGACCUCUAUCGACUUCCGGACAGCAGUUCAGCAUCAUACAUCGGAGACCUCAUUGUGCAAUCCUUUGAACGCCGGAGGAAAACUGCAGAAGAGUAUAACGAACGCCUAACCUCGGGUCAAAUUUCACCGCCAAAGUGGAAAGUCCUUUGGUGGUCGUUCCUCGGGAAUAGCGAAGGUCGCGAGAAACACUGGAGGAAUGUCGACAGGAAGAAAUACCCGAGCCUUGUUUUGGCUAUGAACGAUAGUGUCAAGUAUCGGUUUUGGUCCGCCGGCAUUCUGAAGCUUUUCGCAGACACUUUGACGAUCACUAGUCCUCUAUUGGUCCAAGCAAUCGUAAACUUCGCAUCGAACUCGUAUGCUACUCGGUCGAAUCCAGAGGAUGCCCCGCCAAUCUGGAAAGGAAUCGCCAUGAUUAUAGGUCUUGUGCUCAUGCAAGCUAUCUCAUCUCUCUGCACGCACCAUUCUUGGUAUCGAGCCAUGGCGAGCGGAGUGCUGGUCCGCGGGGGUUUGAUAUCUGCCAUUUACUCUCGCGCGUUCACUCUCUCGUCUCGGGCGCGGGUCACUUUGACCAGCGGUCAGCUCGUCACGUACAUAGCCGCUGAUGUGUCUCGUAUCGAUACCGCGUCUGGACUUGCCCACUCGACGUGGACGGCACCUAUCCAAAUCGUGAUUAGUCUCGUCAUUCUUCUGGUCAACCUUGGGCCGAGCGCCCUCAUUGGAUUCUCAGUUCUCCUCCUCGGAAUUCCAGUUCAAAGCUACGUCAUGAAAAAGUCUUACGUCGCCCGGAGCGAUAGUAUGCAGUACACAGACAAGAGGGUAAAGUUAACCCAUGAGCUUCUUGGAGGCAUCCGUGUCAUCAAGUACUUUGCAUGGGAAGAGGCGUUUUUGAAGGCGUUGAACAACCUGCGGAAGAUGGAGAUGAAACACAUAAGGAAGCUGCUCUUGUUCCGAGCAGGCAACAAUGCAGUUGCGAUGUCAUUCCCUGUGCUGGCAACUGUUCUCGCGUUCAUCAGUUAUACCCUCCUGGGCCAUGCGCUCGAGCCUGGGAUCAUUUUUAGCUCGCUCACUCUGUUCCAACUACUACGAACCCCCGUCAUGCUUCUACCUAUCGCAUUGAGCAGUGUGACAGACGCCUACAACGCUACCUGCAGAAUCUACAAUGUCUUCGUCGCAGAGACGAUGGAUGACACUAGAACCAUCAAAGACAGUGCACCUAAUGGUAUCCUGGUUGACAACGCCUCUUUUACUUGGGAAUCCCCGCAACAAACAAGUGACAAGUCAUAUCAGAAGACAAGCAAAGGCGAGAAAGCGAUCAUGAAAGCUGCAGAAGACGAUUUCGAGCGAGAACGCAGGGUAUUCUCCGUUGAAGGAAUAAAUAUCCAGGUUCCGCGUGGGAGGCUUUGUGCAAUUGUUGGCCCCGUCGGCUCAGGAAAAUCUAGCUUGUUCCAAGGCCUUGUCGGUGAAAUGAGGAAGACCCAGGGCAGUAUAACCUUUGGUGGUAGCGUCAGCUACUGUCCACAGAGUGCGUGGAUUCAGACGGGAACCAUUCGCGAGAAUAUUUGCUUCGGAAAGCCGUUCAACAGCGUCCGUUAUUGGAAGGCUAUUCACGACGCAUGUCUGGAAAUCGAUCUUGACCUCCUUCCAAAUGGCGACAUGACACAUAUCGGAGAGAAGGGAGUCUCUCUUUCAGGUGGCCAGAAGCAACGUAUUAAUAUCUGCCGGUCCAUCUACGCAAAUGCGGAUGUCCAACUAUUCGACGACCCCUUGUCGGCACUAGAUGCUCACAAUUCAACAAGGAUCCUCGUCACUCAUGCGCUGCACUUCUUACCUCAGGCGGAUUUCAUCAUAACCAUGGACCAUGGCCGAAUAUCGCAACAAGGAACGUAUGACGAACUCAUCGCGGAUAAGGAGGGAGCUUUCGCCAAGAUGAUCGUCGAUUACGAGCACGCCCGGUCCCAAGAAGAGGAUGAAGAACUCGAAGCUUCUUCGAAGAACCCGGCUCCGAAGGUGAAUUCUGAUCCGCAAGCCUCGGACUUGAUGCAAGUGGAGGAACGGAAGAUCGGCACAGUAAAGGGAGAUGUGUAUGCCUUCUACUUCAAAGCUGGGAAAGGGCCUGCACUGGUCCCGUUAAUAUGUGUUUCCCUCGUACUUGUGCAAGCUGUCAAUGUGAUGUCCUCGUACUGGUUGCUAUAUUGGCAAGAAAGAAAAUGGCCAGAGCCUCUCGGAUUUUACAUUGGCGUAUACUCAGCAUUGGGAGGGAUGCAAGCACUCGUAUCCUUCUUUUAUGGUAGUCUCUUUGCGGUAUUUGCCUAUCUUGCCAGCAGGGAGCUUCACCGAGCUUCCAUCCUUCGCAUUAUGCACGCGCCAAUGUCGUUCUUCGAAACCACUCCUCUUGGAAGGAUAACAAAUCGAUUUUCGAAAGAUAUGGAUUUUGUGGAUAACUAUCUUGGGGAUGCUUGCAGUUCUGCCUUGAAUAGCUUUGCCACAAUCCUCGGCGCUAUUGUCCUGAUUUCUGCCAUAUUUCCGUGGUUCUUGAUUGCUGUUGCCUUGCUCUUUGUUUGCUAUUUUUACUUCUCCUUGUUCUAUCGAGCAAGUGCUCGAGAAUUAAAUCGCAUAAUUCUCGUGUCGCACUUUUCGGAGUCUCUGUCCGGUUUGACCACUAUCAAGGCUUACGGAGAAUCCGGGCGAUUUCUUGACGACAAUAAACAGCUUGUCGAUACUGGGAACAGAGCAUACUGGCUUACUGUCGCCAACCAAAGAUGGCUAGCAGUUCGUUUGGACGCCUUUGGGGUAUUACUCACUCUCACCGUAGCGGUUCUUUCAGUUGCCACGCGGUUCAGCUUAUCACCAUCAAAGAUGGGAAUAAUGCUUUCGUUUAUCCUUUCUAUCCAAUACUCUCUGAGCCUGGUGGUUAGGCAAGCUGCCCUUGCCGAAAACAUGAUGAACAGCGUUGAACGCAUAUCCCACUAUGCCAACAACAUUGAGCCAGAGGCAGUUAAAGGCAGCUCUGAGAAGGAGGCACCGGACGUUUGGCCGUCCAAAGGAAGGAUAGAUAUAAGUGACGUUCAGCUUGCAUAUCGUCCUGGAUUGCCCAUGGUUCUCAAAGGAUUAACCAUGCAAAUACGAGCAGGUGAGAAGGUCGGAAUUGUUGGGAGGACAGGUGCGGGAAAGUCAUCUAUUAUCGUGGCGCUUUAUCGUCUCGUCGAGCUCAGUGCCGGGUCAAUCAUGAUCGAUGGAGCUGACAUCUCCAAACUGGAUUUGACUGUCCUGCGAAGUUCAAUAGCUGUCAUCCCUCAAGAAGCGGUGCUAUUCCUCGGAAGUGUAAGGACGAACCUUGAUCCGUUCGGCCAGUACGACGACGCCCAUUUAUGGGACGCAUUACACCGUUCGCACUUAGCCAAGAAUUUCAGUCAGGAACUCGAGAAGGAUGAAAUGGCACGCGUUCUCCCUCCUCGAGGAAUUCUUGACUGUGCUAUCGAAAAUGAAGGAAGCAAUCUCUCCUUGGGCGAGCGCUCACUUAUUUCUCUGGCGAGAGCAUUAGUAAAGAAGUCUCGUAUCUUGGUGCUAGAUGAAGCGACAGCCUCGGUUGACUACGAGACUGAUCGGAAGAUCCAGGAAACAAUCGCUGAGGAAUUCCGCGAACAGACCAUUUUAUGUAUCGCUCAUCGUUUGAACACAAUCAUUGGCUACGAUCGCGUUUGUGUCAUGGACGCAGGACGCAUCGUAGAGUUCGAUACUCCUGCGAACCUUUACAAUCAGCAAGGCAUUUUCAGGAGUAUGUGUGAGCAAUCCGCCAUCUCGCUCGACAACAUCAUAACGGCUCAAGAAAGGAAAAAUCGGUACAACCAGGCCUAA